UGGCGGCGGUUGGGCUCCGGAUUUGGUCGGUGAGCCCCCUCCUCCCCCUCCCCCCGGAGCCCUGGGGGUCUUUGCAGCAGCCCCCUCCCCACCCCCGCGACCCCAACCCGGCUCCGGUUGGCUUGGACGCCCCCCUUUCCCCCCGGAUCUGGGAGUGGGCUAGACUCCCCCUCCCUUCGUCCGUCAUUCCAAGUGUCCGGCAGGGCCGGGGCCUGCAUGGGGAAGAACUGCAAGGUGGUCGUCUGCGGCCAGGCAGCCGUGGGCAAGACCUCCAUCCUGGAACAGCUGCUCUACGGGAACCACGUGGUUGGGUCGGAGAUGAUGGAGACGCAGGAGGACAUCUACGUGGGGUCGAUCGAGACGGAGCGGGGCGUGCGGGAGCAAGUGCGGUUCUACGACACGCGGGGGCUGCGGGAGGGCACCGACCUCCCCCGCCACUGCUUCUCCUGCACCGACGGCUUCGUGCUGGUCUACAGCACCGACAGCCGCGAGUCCUUCCAGCGCGUCGAGAUGCUCAAGAGGGAGAUCGACAGGGCCAAGGACAAGAAGGAGGUGACCAUCGUGGUGCUGGGGAACAAGUGUGACCUGCAGGAACAGCGGCGGGUGGACCCGGACGCGGCCCAGCAGUGGGCCAAGACGGAGAAAGUGAAGCUGUGGGAGGUGUCCGUGAGCGACCGGCGCAGCCUCCUGGAGCCCUUCGUCUACCUGGUCAGCAAGAUGACCCAGCCGCAGAGCAAGUCCGCCUUCCCGCUCAGCCGCAAGAACAAGGGCAGCGGCUCCACGGACGCCUGAGCCCCGGCCCGGACCCCGCCGUCACCGGCUCCGGAGGGCCAGGGAGGACUGAAGGGGCCGAGGUGGGGGGAAAAGAGAGGUGGACUCCCAGACGGUGAGGUCGUGGUUGCCCCUGCCGCAUCCUGGGGUGGCCGGCCUCGGUCUUCCCCCGCCACUGCCCCAACUCUUUUUCCUUAAGUUCUUUAUCAGCCCCAGGGUAUUUGUAGCAAAAUGGAGGGUGCACAAGCGCCACGGCCCCCCGCCGUGGCAUUGAAACGCCUCCCUCCAUCUCUCGUGCCUAGCCGGGACCCUCACCCUUUGGGCCCUGACACUCUGCUCUGAGGGGUUUUUGUUAUGGGGGAGUUUGCUAUAAAGAGGU